AACAAUGGAAGGCGCUGGCAAUUGGUGUUUAAUCGAAAGUGAUCCUGGUGUAUUUACCGAACUCAUUAAGGAAUUUGGGGUGGAGGGCGCUCAAGUUGAGGAAAUUUGGUCUUUAGAUGCCGAAUCAUUUAAAAGCUUGGAACCCAUCCAUGGUCUUAUAUUUCUCUUCAAGUGGGUGCAGGACGAUGAACCGGCAGGAAGCAUCGUCAAGGACGAUCGCUUGCAAAACAUUUUCUUUGCCAAGCAAGUUAUUAACAACGCUUGUGCUACACAAGCUAUCCUUAGUGUCCUACUUAACUGUAAACAUGAUGAUAUCAAGCUUGGAGAGACGUUAACCAACUUCAAAGAAUUUUGCCAGUUUUUUGAUCCAUAUAAUAAGGGAUUGACUUUGAGCAAUGCCUCGCAAAUUAGAACCGUACAUAACAGCUUCGCCCGCCAAACCCUCUUCGAAUUGGAUUCAAAGAAUCAAAACAAAGAUGAGGAUGUCUAUCAUUUUAUUGGUUAUGUGCCUAUCGAAGGACGUCUUUAUGAAUUGGACGGUUUAAAGGAGGGGCCCAUUGAUUUAGGUGCCAUUGCUGAUGGACAAAACUGGAUUGAUGUUGUUCGGCCAAUUAUUGAAAAGAGAAUGAAUAAAUAUAGCGAAGGAGAAAUUCACUUCAAUCUCAUGGCUAUAGUAUCUGAUCGGCAAAAAAUCUAUCAACAACAAAUUGAUAAAUUAUUGAGCGGUGGAAGUGGCGAAGCCAUGGAGACUGAUGACCGUGAGACUGAAAUUGCAAAACUACGUUCGUUGAUCGACAAUGAGGUGGAGAAACGCAAACGUUAUCGUAUAGAGAAUAUUAGGCGGAAACACAAUUAUCUACCAUUUAUAGUAGAGCUAUUGAAAAUGUUGGGCGAACGUGGUCAAUUAAUGCCAAUCUAUGAGAAAGCAAAACAAAGAGCACUGGAACGCGAAGCUGCUAAAACUAAAUCCUAA